AUGCUGUACACCCACGCAACCAUUAUUACCGUUGAUUCCGAUCGACGUAUUAUCGAAGAUGGCGCCCUCAACGUUCAAGGAAAUAUUAUUAUAGACUUGAACAAAUCCAGCAUUUUACGUGCAAAGUAUCCCCACGAAGGGGAAUAUGAUCUCAGCGGACACAUCAUGAUACCAGGGUUGAUAUCAACACACAUGCAUACAGUCCAGACAUUGAUACGGGGAACGGCAGAUAACAAAGAACUUCACAGCUGGCUGGAUGAUAGAGUCCGUCCACUGCAGAAUGCGAUGACUAGUGAAGAUGCCUAUGUAUCGGUGCAGUUAAGCGUUGCCGAGAUGCUGAAAUCAGGAACAACAUGCUUUCUGGAGAGCAUGUUUCUCUCUCAACAUAAUUUUGAUGGACUUUGUCAGGUGGUUCAACAAAGUGGGAUUCGAGGCUGUUUGGGUCAAUUCGCUCCCAACCCUGGCCAAGACAGUGAUUUGCCGGACAGCUCCAUAUCCGACGUAGUGGAGGCCUGGAAGAAGUGGAAUGGCGCUGCAAACGAUCGUAUCCGGGUAUGGUUCGGAGCCAUUUCUGCGGGACUGGCUCUGCAUUCUCGAAUGAAAGAAAUGGCCUCGGUGGCCCAUUCUCACGGGAUUCCGAUCACGAUGCACUGUGCAGAAACAAGAAGACAGUUCGAAUACUUCAACUCUCUGGGACAUAGCCCUGUCUCUUGGGCUGAUUCUACAGGUCUACUGUCGCCAUCGACUGUGCUGGUUCACAUGGUACACCUGGACAAUGACAAAGACAUCCCAAAGCUAGCAGCCUCUGGCACUCAUAUAGCGCACUGCCCAACUUCAAACGCCAAACUAGCUUCCGGUAUUAGCUCUGUGCCGGAGCUACUUGCGGGAGGCGUCAACGUUAGCCUUGGUACAGACGGAGCUCCCUGCAAUAACAGCUGUGAUCUACUACAAGAGAUGAAGCUUGCGGCUAUUAUCCAUCGGAGUGUUUCACAUGAUCCAACUCUGAUCCCUGCGGAAACCGCAUUGGAAAUGGCAACUAUCAACGGAGCGCGAGCUUUAGGUCUUGAAUCAAGCAUUGGAAGCCUGGAAAUCGGCAAGAAAGCGGACUUUGUGGCCAUCAACACGGAAAAGCCGCAGCUUCAGCCAUACAUUAACCCUGUCAGUGAUGUGGUAUAUGCUGCGACUGGAAGGGAUGUGGAUGUGGUGGUAGUGGAUGGCCAAUUGUUGGUAAAAGAUGGCGAAUUAUUGACCAUGAGCGAAGGCAAUAUCCUCAACGAAGCCAAGAGAAGAAUCCACGAAGUGACCACCAGAGCCGGAUUAGUGGAGAGGAUCAAGUCUCCCUGGCCAGUACUGUAA